GCUGAGGAUUCCCUUUUCUGAUCUUAAAAUUGUUUUCAACUGUAUUCUUUUUUUUUCUUUUCAUUUUUCACGUGAAUUUCUGAUUCCAAGUGAUGGAUUUAUUCCUGGAUUCUGGCUAACUAUGGCAAAUUUCUUUCCACUCAUUUCCUCAACACCAAACAACAUUUUCCAGUCUUAGUUUUUCAGUAAAUUGAGCAAUAGAUUUCACUAUGUCUGUAGCUACCCUGUUCAGGGGUAAGUGGGGACAGAAACCAAAAGACGUCACAGAAAAGCAACCAGUUGUGGUUCAACCAAGCCAAGAGGAAGAUGAUGAUGAUGAGUCCAGCACUGGAUUUAGUAGAGAACCUAUUCGCAGGAACUCCCGCUUUUACCGGUCAAUGAGGAAGAAGAGACUGAUCUCAUCUGAGCAAUCUGAAAAUUCCACCAGGCUUACUUUGGACCACAGUCCAUCCAGUAGUGCAGGAUCUUCCUCCUCUCAUUCUCCCUUACCCCACAAGUCACCUUUGUUGCCAGGGGCUAGACGAUGUAGUCCUCAGCUCUUGCGACAGCCUCAUCAUUCGAGAGAUUUGUUGCCAAGCAAUGGUGAGUUCAGUAGCACACAUGCUCUGUACAACCAGAAUGCUGCGGAUAAGAGAAGAGGAGGAGUGGGAGGAAAGAGGACUGUGGAAAUAUCAGCUGCUUCAUACAGCCAGCAAAGAGAUUUUACAGCAGAAAUGAGCACGAACUGGACUCACAACAGUGACAGUGAAGUCAUAGAAGAGCUUUCUGAGAAAACAGCUAAAGCUUGCACUGUGAAGGAUACCAGAAGGAAGACCAUGAACUCACAACAGCCUAAUUCUGAAGAAGACCAGGAUAUCCACAUGAACCACAGGGUGCUGAGAAAUGGAGAAUGCUCACAGACAAUCUGCCACAGUCUCAAAAUCAUCAAAAAUAUUGCCUUCCUGUACCAGGAAUACCGAGACACCUCCAAGCAGCAGGAGAUUGAGCAGCGGCGUCAGCGUGACAACCUUUUUCCUGGGGUCAAGGCAGGGACUGUGGGGACAGACUCUGGUGUAAUGUCUCCACCAGUGUUACAGCUGCAGCUGAGGAAUAGUGCUCAGUCACUGACCUUGUGGCAGAACCUGGAAGCUGUGCAGGCAAGCGGUCUGCUUACUCAGUUACCGCACAAAGAAAUUAUGAUGCAAGAGGCCAUGUUUGAGCUGGUCACUUCAGAGGCUUCCUACUACAAGAGUUUGGAAAUUUUAGAGACACAUUUCCUACGUAACCCUGUUUUAGUGAACACUCUAAGCCAGUCCGACAUGCAUUUUCUGUUUUCCAACAUCGAGGAAGUGAUGAAAGCCAGUGAAAGGUUCCUGAUGGAUCUUGAACACCGAAUUGAGAAGUCUAUUUUGAUUCCUGAUGUGUGUGACAUUGUUUAUUACCAUGCAGCAAAACACUUCAAUGUGUUUAUCUCAUACGUAAUUAAUCAGGCGUACCAGGAGAAGAACUACAGGCGCAUUUUAGACGGAAACCAGCAAUUUCGGGACACUAUGGCUACACUAGAAAACAAUCCACGUGUCAGGGGCCUGUCCUUUACAUCUUUCCUCAUCCUUCCUUUUCAAAGGAUUACAAGGCUCAAGCUUCUUGUUCAGAACAUUCUGAAAAAAGCUGAAGAAAACUCAGAGAGGGAAGCAAAUGCCAUAAAAGCACAUCAGGAACUGGAGAAGAUUGUAAAAGAGUGUAAUGAAGGGGUGCGAAAAAUGAGUCGCACCGAGGAGCUUAUCAGCAUUGAAAAGACACUUGAGUUUAAAUCCAAGUCUGUGCCCAUCAUUUCCCACUCACGCUGGUUGUUAAAGAAGGGCGAAGUACAGCUAAUGGGUGGACCAAAGAGUACUAGGACCAUGCGAAGCCGUAAGCUCUACCAGCCUGUCUACCUGUUCCUUUUCAAUAAUCUGUUGCUGGUCACCAAACGCAGUGGGGACAAGUUCCAGGUUAUUGACUCCUGUACACGGGCCAUGUUGAGAACAGAAGAUCUUGAAGACCAAGGUCAGCAGCUGGCCAAUGUUUUUAAUCUUAAGCUGCUUGAGAACCAAGAUGAGCGUGAGGUCAACUAUAUGCUCAAGACCUCCAGUAUGAGUGAUAAGCUUCGAUGGAUAUGUGCACUCACUCCUAACCGGCGCACACGCUUUAUGUCUACUAGUGCCCACCAACCAGAUUCCCCACAGGUGCAGUGUAUUCAGUCAUACUCAGCUCAGGAACCAGAUGAACUCUCUACUGAGAUGGCUGAUGUUCUGAACCUCUUAGAGAGAACAGAUGAUGGCUGGAUGAUGGGUGAACGGCUCCAUGAUGGUGAAAGGGGAUGGUUCCCUAGUCGAGUAGCAGAGGAAAUCCAGAACAAGGAAGUCCGAGCUCAGAACCUGAGAGAAGCCAUCAGGAUCCAACAGGCCCAUGAAGGUGGCCUUCAUACUGGAGCCAAGAUUGGCGUAAGGGCAGGAAGACAUGCACCAAAAGGCUCCAUCUUCUCCAAAUCAUGAACUAAUCAAAUGGGGGCAGCAGUGAAGAAUAGCAGUUAAUUCAUAACAGUAAUGUAACUUUAUUUUUAGACAAUUGCAUCGUAUGCCUUCACAACAAUAAAUCAUUUUGAAACUCCACAAUUGUAGCGUGAAAAGGGAAAAAAAUAUAGUACUUGAGUCAAAAACUCAAACCAGUGAUAUUCUUUCAGGGCAAGCAAGGCAGAUAAAACUAAAACUAAAAGUCACCAUGCACAACUGGUGCAAGAAAUGCUUCAUAUUGCAUAAGUGUUUACAUGUGUUUGCAGGACCGCACAUUUGUGUGCAAUGCAAUGGAUUAAUAAGUUAAAUGUUGUCAAACCCCCUUAUUGAGAAGGUUUUAAAACUGUAAAGCUGUAGUCAUUUCAUUAUAAAGUUACUUUCAUUACACUUACAUAAAAAGACCCAACACACUACAAAUGGACAAAAUGAUGAAAAGAUCUUUAUAAAUUUACAGAAUUUACAGAAACUAUAACAAUAAAAACAAAGAACACUUUGUUUUGUUUCUCUUUGGCGGUCAAGCACAAACACAGGGUGAAACACAGUCAAUUGUUUUCUAUCACUGUAUAUUAUAAAGUAAUGAAGUUUUCAAUUAUUAAAUUAAAUCUUGUAUCAGCAACCAAGAAGGAGGACCUAAUGCUGACUUCAGUUUAAUGAGUUUAACAGAAUGCAUUCAAGAACUAAAAUGAACUCAGAAAUAAGAUUCCUAGUGUUCAUUUAAACUCACUGUUUUGUCUCUAAUGACUGCCCCAAGUUUCACAUACAAUAAGAUCUACCCUCUUUAGACUGACAACCAAUGAAAAAGAAAUUUGACAACUUCUGAUUACAACAUUACCAGUGAUUUGUAUGUCAAGACCACUCUGCUGCUCUCCAUUUCUCUAUUACCAUCAUUAUCUGCUUGAUACGUUGCAGACCUGUACUGUAAUUGUGAUAAACAUUUUCUGCACUUUAA